UAAAGUGGUAAAUGUAAAUAGAUUGUGUAAAUAAAGUUGCAAUAUUUUAAUAUAAAAUGACAGACUUUUCGCGUAUUGAUAAGAUAAUAACGCGAAAGAACGACGACAAGAACAUUUUACAUGUUUCGGUUGUUAUUAAAUGAAUCAAUAUUACAUAUUACAUUCAUUCGUAUCACAUCACAUACAUAAUUAUUGUUAUAUAUAUCUAUAUGUAUAGAGCGGUAUUAUCGCAGAUAUUCGAAAGAAGAGAUCAAAUUUUUCACUAUUUAGCAGCAACAAGUUAUGCGCUUCCAGCUAAAUAUUAUUAUUCUUCGCAGUGCUGAUACAAUUAAUUAACACAUUCUAUUAAGCACAUGCACAUAACAUAUAUGCAUUAAAAAAAAAAAAAAAAAAAAACAAAGUUCGUGUAGUUUGCUGAUAAAUUGAGUGGCCAGUACUUCUUACUAGCCUAUUGAUCGAAAGACGGUGUAGAAACGAUCGAUUAUGUUGCAUUGAAAAUUGCUCAAAACUCAUUCUCGUUUCAAUUAUAACGUUAACGACGACUAAAAUUCACUAUCGGCUACGAAAUUGUCUAUAAACAGAAACUCACUAUUACCACACCUAGUCUAUAAAAGACUAAGCGCAAAUUGGAUUAUAUUACAAACCAUAGCCGCGGCGUUCACUGCAGUUACGAGUUCGCUGAUUCGGUGACUUUUCAAAAUGAAACUCAUAUUUCUUGUAAGCAUCUGCUAUUUGAUGCUUUCGCUUUCCAUUUUCGGCCGUGCUUUGCCAAUUUCGGAUAAUCAAUCCGAUUUAGAGAAUAAGACAUUCGAAGAAUUGGAGGCCGCCAGCAUUAACGAUUCAGCUAAAAAUCUUUCGCUAUACGUGGUGAAAGCAAUGGUUUAUGAGAUUGGGAUACUUACCGAAGAAGAUAAUGAUACAGAUGAUACGAGUUUCGAGAAUGAGGAACGCGUCGACUUAACAUUCUUCGAUGCUCACAGCAAUAACAGCCACAUCGAUUUAGGGAACAUCCCGUUGCCGAUAAAAACGAAUGUCUCGGGUCAAAUUUUAACCGGUAUCGCACCAAUUAAUAUCGGCGCGUUUAGUAGUGCUGGCGAAUUAUUGCAGACCUUACCGCUCACUGGUACAAUUUUUAAUAUAACACAAAGUGACACGGCUUUCUAUCAAUUGACCGCAACGAACAUUAGUGACAGCGAUAAAGCUUAUCCAGUAAAUGCAAAUGAAUUUGCUAAUCUAGCUGGUGUGCAACAGUUAUUCCCGUCUUCAAACACAAUUUCAGAAGUAAAAGAAGAAAAUGUAAAAUAAAUGUUUAAAAUGUUUUUUGUUAAAAUAA